UGCACUGGGUUGUUAUCCACUAUCGGGCCUAGCAGGGUACGAUAGCACAGCUUUGAUAUAAAUAUAACUACCACAUGCGGCCCCUGCUGUAUAUACACGCAACCUGACUGAUAUCUCGUAUGCAUUGGCACUAUAUAUUGGACAUUACUCGCUAAAGCUGCCGAGUUGUCCACGCAGGCUGUGUUAUGACUAGCUGUAAUGUACGUAAUACCUGUUGGAUCGACGGCGUUGCUCUUUGUACAAAGGCCAAGGCUGAUUAUGUGCACUUGAUUCCUCUUGGAUUUACAGACCGUUAGAACAGCGUGGAACACCCGGCUUACGUAAAUACAUGCACAGCCUCACUUUACAUUCAAGUGCACGGCAUUUUGAAAGAUUCGGCGCGGUAAACAAAUGCAUGUUUCUAAUGAAAAUGUUCCAGUGGUGUUCUUAUCAGAGGUUGUGUUGAGGUGUGGACUUGUGGCCGGAACAUAAUAGACGCACGCGUGAUAUGACAAGGCGUUGCUUAAGUAUCCCUGUCAUUAAUUACCCAGCUAGUCUUCAUGCACUAGAAGGUGUCUCAUCACCGGUUGUCUCAUCUGCCCUUUCUUAUGCCUCCUGACACGGGUAUCUCGGAGGUGACAGAUGUAACCUCCCCAAACCCCAUGCGUCAAAGAUAACCUCGUGUGUGCUCCAAAUCAUCAGCAUUCUUCCUCGGUAUAGCAACAACGACAGCCGUAGUCUUCACCCAAACUCCGGAUAAGAUCGUGUUCUUUCAUCGUUUUUUUCUCUCUACAAAUUGCCCUGUGGAUUAUUUUGGGAGUGUUUUUACCGUGGCGGCACCCGGUCGGGAGUCCCUAGCGUCUAGGCAAGCCGUCCGCUAUGGGAGACGCUGGCUUUAUUGCGGGCGUGGUGUUCGGUUCUGCAGCUGCGUUUGGAUUCGUUGCUGCUUGUUUAUACUCUGCCUACAAGGCUAUCAGGGACCAUAAACGCAUUGCCGAGAAACAAGCCGAGAAGCGGGAGCAGCAGCUGCUGGCCAUUAGCGAGCAGACAGCCACGGCACUGUCGCAUACAGAGGAACCCCCGACCAGGACAUCUCGCUCCCUUAGCACACCAGGUCUCCUGCUUGAACAGAGGCGACCGUCUGCCUUCGCUCCUCCUCCACAAGCUAUGGAGAGGCGCUGGACACGCGCCGGGCUCGAGUACCGCCAUGAAGGAGGCGUGGUACACAUACAUAAAUCGGAGGACAAUGCUCCGGACUCUGGAGACUCCGACUCCAAUAUUGCGUACAAGCGUCAUCAUGAUAGCGGUGAGCCACCGAUAUCACCAAGGGGCAAAUCAACCCCUGGAACAAAACCAAAGAAGCUUCCAUGCGUACCGCCUCCGCAGGUCCAAAUUCAGGUGUCUUUGACCCCACAGAGCGACUCCAACGGUGACACGACGUCAGUGGAAGAAGUGACCGUUACACCGAAACCCGUAAAUGUAUGCACAUCGGGUGACGGGUCCCGAACUCAGACUGUAACGGAGAUAUCAAGUAACGAAGGAAGUAGUAACGUCACUAAGACCACUAAGGUGGCUGCGGACUGGGUUUAAUGAUUGUAUUGGUCACAGCAAUUCUAUCAGAUCAGACUAUGAAACUGACAAAAUCUUCGAUGGGUUAUCUAUGGAGUUCAUUCAAAGUACGCCAGCUAACAACCAAGUUGGAUUAUGUUAAAAGUAACCUACUGUCUUCACUUCAUUAUGCAUUAUGACCAUUCGGACUCAAACCAGUUUUACAUAAUAAUGCAAAAUAAACGCUUCAGACUUCAAUCUGUGAAAAAAAAAAAAAAAAAAAAA